GUGAGCAGAGCCCAAAGAGUGAAGUGGAUUGAACAGAACAAGUUCUUGCCUUAACCCACAUUCGUCAUUUGUCAUCAAACAGCCGCCACAGACAGAGAAGUGCCAGAAACAUAAAAUUGGAAAAGAAAUGCAAAAUUGUUAAAAGAGAGAAGUCCACAAUCCAUACAUAUAUUCUUCCUCUUCCCUCCACGCCCACCUUCUCACUUCAGACAAUAUCAUCCGAUGGCUUCAUCUGCUAUCACUCCCAGCUCCUCGUUCCUUGCCGACAAGAAAGAUGGGAUUGGCGGGUUUUCAGCUUUCCGCAGGCAGCCUCCAUUUCCACGUUCUGCGCAGGUUUCCAAGAGGAAGGUCUCCAAGAAAAUAGCGUCUGUAAUGGCACCUCAGCAAUCUGAGAGAAAACCGUCAACAACGGGGGCGGUCAAGACUGGGAUGACUAUGACUGAGAAGAUACUGGCAAGAGCUUCGGAGAAAACCCAGUUGGUACCUGGGGAGAAUGUUUGGGUGAACGUGGAUAUUUUGAUGACACAUGAUGUUUGUGGCCCUGGUUCCAUUGGGAUCUUCAAGAGAGAGUUUGGAGAAAAUGCAAAGGUCUGGGACCGUGAGAAAGUUGUAAUAAUUCCAGAUCAUUAUAUCUUCACCACUGAUGAAAGAGCAAAUCGGAAUGUAGACAUCUUGAGGGAUUUCUGUACUGAGCAAAAUAUUAAGUACUUUUAUGACAUUAAAGAUCUAGGAAAUUUCAAGGCAAAUCCCGAUUAUAAAGGUGUGUGCCAUGUAGCUCUUGCCCAAGAAGGUCAUUGCCGACCUGGAGAGGUCUUGCUGGGGACCGACUCUCACACAUGUACUGCUGGAGCAUUUGGUCAAUUUGCCACUGGAAUUGGAAAUACUGAUGCAGGUUUUGUGCUGGGUACUGGAAAGCUUUUGCUGAAGGUUCCUCCAACUCUGAGAUUCGUGAUGGAUGGUGAAAUGCCUGAUUAUCUGCUUGCCAAAGAUUUGAUUUUGCAAAUUAUUGGUGAAAUUUCAGUGGCUGGUGCAACAUAUAAAGCCAUGGAAUUUGUCGGCUCUACAGUUGAAAGUUUAACAAUGGAAGAAAGACUGACAUUAUGCAACAUGGUUGUCGAAGCUGGUGGUAAAAAUGGUAUCAUCCCUGCUGAUAGUACCACGUAUAAAUAUCUUGAGGAUAAGACAUCUCUGCCAUAUGAACCAGUUGUCAGUGAUGGAGAUGCAAGAUUUCUUUCAGAGUACAGAUUUGAUAUCUCGAAGUUGGAGCCUGUGGUGGCUAAGCCUCAUUCUCCAGAUAAUCGUGCUUUAGCCAGAGAAUGCAAAGAUGUGAAAAUUGACAGAGUAUAUAUUGGAUCUUGCACUGGUGGAAAAACAGAGGAUUUCAUGGCGGCUGCUAAAUUAUUUCUUGCUUCGGGGAAGAAGGUUAAAGUCCCAACAUUCCUCGUUCCUGCUACACAGAAGGUUUGGAUGGAUAUAUAUAGCCUUCCAGUACCAGGAUCUGGUGGGAAAACUUGCUCACAGAUAUUUGAGGAAGCCGGUUGUGAUACACCAGCAAGCCCUAGUUGCGGUGCGUGCUUGGGAGGUCCAAGAGACACUUAUGCACGCAUGAACGAGCCUCAGGUCUGUGUUUCAACGACGAAUAGGAAUUUCCCUGGUCGUAUGGGCCACAAAGAAGGGCAGAUUUAUCUAGCUUCUCCAUAUACAGCUGCAGCAUCUGCAUUGACUGGUUUUGUUACUGAUCCACGAGAAUUUUUGCAGUAAGCAGUUGUUUUAGCAGUUUUCUACCACCCUACUUUCUCAACAUGAAUUUUGGAGCUGAAGCACCUCGACUAUUUAUGCUGUUUGUAUCUUGUGCUAUGUCGGAAACUUUGUUGCUUACAACUUGUUCGUGUAACUUGAAAAAAGUCUUUUCUUUCCGUUGUUGUAAUAAUAGACUGAGAAUGUCAAUAAAAUGAGUCUUGAAGCGGACACGUUUAACCUCCCAAA